CUUACCAGGAAAGAACUGCGGCAUCUCGCGAAACCUUUUAUUGCUGAAGCAGUCGAGAGCCCCAAGAACAUCGUAUAUACAGCACAAUCAUGAGAGUAUUCCUAGCGAUCUGCUUCAUUUCCGCUGGAAGCUUGACCGGAGCCCGAGAGUUCAUAGGUGGCAGUUUUGGUGGUGAUGGACUAAGGGGACACUGGUCAGCCGGCGUCGAGGACGUUGGUCCUCAUGGAGCACCAGGCUUUAGCGCCAGAUUCCGCGGGUCGCUAGAAGGACUUUUCCGUAUCUUGGAAGAAACUGGACCAAUUCGUGCGGGCUUUGAUUACGGGUGGAAUUCGAACGCUGGGUCGUACCCCUACAGAAGAGCAGCGCUUUAUCCACGAUAUGGACCAUGGGGUGGUCAUGGACUUUAUCACGAUUAUGUCUUUGAAGCGUCGGCAUAUCCUCAACACAGGGGUUACGGCACGCCAUGGGUAGGUGCAUACAGAAAUGGCAACGGUUACGGUGGAUAUCCUUCGUAUCCGUAUGGAAGUGGAUACGGCUAUAAUUAUGCUCCCGUUUGGCCCGGAAACUUUAACGGCUGGAGAGGCGUCACUGGUGUUCGUCGUCCAGCCGGGUUUCCAGCAGGUCCUGAGGUAGGCCGGACACCUGGAGCAAGGGUUGCUGCUAGCAGCGCCAGCGGCUCUGCCUCGUCGUAGAGAAUUGAUCUUGGAUCCCGGGAACUACCUGUGUGUGUAAGCCAAGCACUUGUUCAAAAUAAGGAUACAUCUGGAAGAAGCAAAUAAAGUAACACGCAAGUGUGAAUUAACGAUAACAAUAAUUAUUGACUGCGGCAGAAAAGUUAGGAAAAUACACAAAUUAUUUAUAGUGACUGGCACAAUUCAAGCACCUGAAUACGAAGAAAGGAUUUCUCUGGUGUACACUGCCAAAUAAAAUUACUAUGACUUA